AAGCCUUCAAUAUAUAUAUUUAUAUAUAUAUAUAUCAAGAGAGAGAGGGAGAGGGAACUUGCUUUUGAUUUGAUUCUGAUUUUGUUUUGUUUUAAAGGGAAUUUUGAAAUUAUCAUGGGUGGUGGGAAGAGAUUUGCUGUUCUUCUAUGCGCGGAGGAUUCGGAUUACGUCAAGAAGAGGCACGGCGGUUAUUACGGCGUUUUCGUCGAAAUGCUGGCGGAAGAGGGCGAGACUUGGGACGUUUUCAAGGUGGCCAAUGGAGAGUUCCCCGACGAUGACGGGAUCGCCGAUUUCGAUGGAUUCGUUAUAACCGGGAGUUGCAACGAUGCGCACGGGAACGAUGUUUGGAUCUGCAAGUUGAUUGCUCUUUUGAGCAAAUUGGAUUCGUUGAACAAGAAAGUUCUCGGGAUUUGCUUUGGUCAUCAGAUUCUUAGUCGAGCACUGGGAGGGAAAACGGGGCGAGCCAUCACGGGGUGGGACAUUGGGGUGACAUCCAUUCAUUUGUCAUCGUCUUCGUCGAAGCUCUUCUCGUCCCUGAAAAUCCCGACCACUCUUUCGGUGAUCGAGUGCCACCGUGACGAGGUUAGAGAACUCCCGCCGAAGGCGGAGGUGAUCGCAUGGUCCGAGAAGACCGGUGUCGAGAUGUUUAGGUGCGGCGAUCAUAUACUCGGAAUCCAAGGCCACCCCGAGUACACCAAAGACAUUCUUUUCCACCUGAUUGACCGCCUCUUGCAGCUUAGUUUUAUCGAAGAAGCGUAUGCUGAUGUGCUGAAGGCAGGGCUGGUGAAAGUGGAGCCUGAUAAGGAAGCAUGGAAGAAACUGUGCACCGGUUUCCUCAAGGGUAGGCUAUGAUUUAGACCAGGUUUUCAAGUCGCGGUCGUGUUUUCGGUCAUUUCGGGUUUACAGUGAUUGUGGAUUCGGAGAAUUUUCAAU